CAUGCAAGAUCAUAUACCGUACAUAAAAAAAUAAAAGUGCAAGAAUUGUACAGAUUUAUAGUUAUUAUAUUUUGACUCAAAGGUCGAUUAAUUUUCUAUUAUAUUCUUAAAGACGAUUGACUGCUGUUCGCUAAUAUUCGAUUGUUAAAUAUCUCUGAUAUAUAUUUACACCAAUGUAAUAAUCAACUAUGAACAUAAUUCAUUGUGCUGCCAGUCACAGUAGGUCCACAAGUAUGGCUGCUAAAAAACUGAUAUAUCCAGCGGCAGAACGUAAUAAGGAUCCUAUUUUAUCAGUUUUACGACGAUACAUACAACGUGGUACAACUCAGAAGUUUCUGGAGAUAUCCUCGGGUUCGGGACAACACAUUGCUCAUUUCGCUCCUCAUUUUCCACACAUUACAUUUUAUCCUUCAGAAUAUGAAACACGAUUAUUAGAAAGUAUUGCCGCACAUGCUAAUGGGUUUUCUAAUAUAAAAAACCCUUUAAAAAUAGAUAUUACUACCGAUUAUCAAACCUGGGGUAAUGGUAUUUUUUUGGAAAAAAGUAUAGAUUACAUAUAUAAUGCUAAUAUGAUGCACUGUGCACCAUAUCAAUGUUCAAUCGGUUUAUUUAAAAAUGCUGGCAAAUUAUUAAAAGCUAAUGGUGUUCUAUUUACAUACGGCCCUUAUGCUAUUGAUGGGACUAUCACACCAGAAAGUAAUGUACAAUUUGACAGAUCUUUAAGAUCAAUGAAUUCUGAUUGGGGCCUCAGAGAAUUGAGAGAAUUAGAAAACUUAGCUGAAGAAAAUAAUGUUAAGCUUGUAGAAAUCUUUAAUAUGCCUUCUAAUAAUAAAGUUAUUAUUUGGAAAAAAAAUUAGAUAUUAUUUGACGAAACAUUAGUUAGUAAUAUAAUAUAAUACCAUAGAAAUAUAAAAAAUAUUUCUAAACACAAAUUUUAACGACAUAUUUCCGCUAUCUAGUGAUCUAUAUAUCUAUUUGAACAUAUAUCUGCACUGUAUUUAAUUCAAAUAAUUAUAUCUAAAAUUGUAGAAAAAUAUAUAUUUUAUAAAAAGGAAAAAAAAAAAAAAAAAGAGAAAAAGAAAAAACUUCUAUAAAUCUUAAUACUUAAUAUCCUCAUUUUUCAUAAAGAAAUCAACAUUUUCUAAUCCUUCUGGUAAAUAAUUUAAUCCAGAUUCGUCUUUAUGCAACAUAUUAUAUCCUUUGCCAUAUCCUGUAAGGAAAAAAUAAUGGUAUAUGGUAAACGACAAAGAAAAAUAAUUUUACAAAUAAAAUGAAGGAAAAAUUUGAAUUACCAAGAUUCUUAAGAGUUUUUGUUUGACCAUUUCUUAAAUGUAACGGUACUCCUGGUUGAGGGCCUUUAUGAUUUGCUACUAUGCUUUGAGCUGCUCUAAGUGCAUCUUCCAUCAAUCUAGACUUUGGGGCACGAGCUAAAUAAAUUGUACAUUGUGCCAAAAGAACAUCACAUUCUGGCAUACCUAUCAUUUUACAACCAUUCAUGGUAUUUACAGCGAUACCUAUAAUAAAUAUCAAUACCUUACGUAAUAUAAAAUUCGUUGGUAAUAUAUACAUUUGCUUUCUUUUUCAAAAUCUAUUUACUAAUAUCGUCUUACUCAAAGCUUUUGGAUCCUCUAAGCCAACAUCUUCACAUGCCAUUCUAACUAAUCUUCUUGCUAUAUAAACUGGAUCCUCACCACCCGCGAUCAUUCUAGUUAACCAAUAAAGAGAAGCAUUUUCAUCGCUUGCCCUUACAGAUUUAUGCAAAGCUGAAAUCAUAUCAUAAUGUUGAUCUCCUUUUUUGUCGUAUAACAUAUGUGUUUUCCUUAGAUUUUCUUUAAUAUCAUUU